ACCCAGCUCUGCUGCUGACACAUUUAGAGUUUAGCCUGCUUUGCCACAACCAGGAAAAUGUCGGGGUCCUACGAUGAAUCUGCUGCUACUGCUGACGACGCUAUGGACAGCUUUUGGGAGGUGGGGAACUACAAGCGCGCCGUUAAGCGGAUUGACGACGGCCACCGGCUCUGCAAUGACCUCAUGGGCUGCCUUCAGGAACGUGCCAAGAUUGAGAAGGCCUAUGGUGACCAGCUGACCGCCUGGUCCAAGAGAUGGAGACAGCUGAUCGAGAAAGGACCCCAGUAUGGCACCGUGGAGAGGGCGUGGCUGGGUGUGAUGACCGAGGCUGAAAAGGUGAGUGAGCUGCACCAGGAGGUGAAGAACGGCCUGCUCAACGAAGACCUGGAGAAGGUCAAGAACUGGCAGAAGGAGGCCUACCACAAGCAGAUGAUCGGAGGCUUCAAGGAGGCCAAAGAGGCCGACGAGGGCUUCAAGAAGGCCCAGAAACCAUGGGCCAAGAAGCUCAAAGAGAUGGAGACUGCUAAGAAAACGUACCACAUGGCGUGUAAGGAGGAGAAACUGGCCGCCACCCGAGAGGCAGAUGGGAAGACACAGGCCUCCGUCACAACUGAUCAACAGAAGAAACUCCACGAGAAAACAGACAAGUGCAAACACGACAUGCAGAAGGCUAAGGAGAAGUUUGAGAAGUCUCUGUCGGAGUUGAGUGCGGUCACUCCCCCAUACCAGGAGAGCAUGGAGCAAGUGUUUGACCAGUGCCAGCAGCAUGAGGUCAAGAGACUCACCUUCCUUAAAGAGAUCCUGCUGGACAUUAAACGCCACCUCAAUCUCACUGAGAACCAAAGCUAUGGCACAGUAUACAGAGAACUGGAGCGCACCAUCCUGGCUGCCAACACACAGGAGGACCUGCAGUGGUUCAGCAACCACCAUGGCCCUGGCAUGCAUAUGAACUGGCCCAUGUUUGAGGACUAUAACCCAGAUGCCGCUGCUGUUGUUAAGAGGGAGAAGGUGCAGAAGCCGGCUGGGGCCCCACCGACCCCCAGCACUGACCAUGUCGCACCGCCUGGAGACCGCGGCAGUGUGAGUAGCUAUGAAAAGAACCAGGCCUACUCCACUGAUUGGUCGGAUGAUGAGGCGCCUGCAGCUCAUUCAGGCGGUGAGAUUAAUGGGGGUGGGAAUGAAAACUCCUUUGAGGAAGACUCUAGCAGCGCCGGAAAAGGGGGUGCUGGGACCGGGACUGCGUCUGGGGUCCGGGUGCGUGCUCUGUAUGAUUAUGACGGACAGGAACAAGAUGAGCUCACCUUCAAAGCUGGUGAUGAACUGACCAAGACUGAGGAUGAAGAUGACCAAGGCUGGUGUCGAGGUCGCCUGGAUACAGGCCGAGAGGGACUAUACCCGGCCAAUUACGUCGAGGAGAUUUAAUGACCCCAGAGAAGGAGGAUAUGCCAUUGGAGGCAGCUCGGACUGUCCCAUCCAAUGGCACUGCACAGAGCCAGAGACUUACGAACAACACAUCCCUUGCCCAACAGAUGCGCCAAGCAGUCUUGACUAAAUAUAAUCUUAGUAACGUAAGAAAAGACAAUAUAUAAAUAUUAUAUUUAUCCAGUAUCUGAGGUGGGGAGGACUUAAACACUAAAACAGGAGCAGCAUUUAUUCCAGUCUACACAAACUCAAACAUAACAUUGAGCCAAUGCAGGGACACAUUUUGCAUAUAUGUGCUGUGUUUGAUAUAAAGAUCAUGCAGCUGAUGUAAAAUAAAUUUGCACUACAUUCUCCUAUAACAGUGUAACAAUAAUGUAACCAAUUAUACCUACCUACCCGUUUAACCAGAACAAGCUACUCAGCCUGCAUUUUGUGUAUAUGGCGCCAUUUUGUGUCGCAUUUUCAAUGCUAUGUGUUCAGUCCUCAUGUUU